UGCAUUGUGGGUCUUUACGUAAAGCCAACAUGGCAGCCGCCUGCUCCAGAUCCCUCUGUAAGGUCGGACGGGCUUUUCUGGAGACUCCAGCCACGGCUCGGUCCGGUACCGCCUCAUUCUUGCUGGGGAAUGCGGCGACUCAUAGCUCAAGAAGGGGGUUCAGCUCCGGCGGGCCUGGGUUCCGGUCCAGACUGGUGUCCUCAGUGCGGGCAGGGGGAGGCAGGGUUCUGGGCUGCGCCUUUCUGUUCGGAGGAGGUCUGGGUCUGUACCAAACCCUAAAGCUCUCCCUGCAGCAACACCUGGCUCAGGAGGACAGUAAGGUUUCAGGAGGCAGUCCAAAGAUGACUCUGUACCAGUACAAGACCUGCCCAUUCUGCAGCAAAGUGCGAGCGUUUCUGGACUUCUACGGUCUGCCGUACGAGAUUGUGGAGGUGAACCCAGUGAUGAGGCAGGAGAUCAAGUGGUCUUCAUACAGGAAGGUGCCCAUCCUGAUGGUGGAUGCCGAGCUGCAACUCAAUGACUCCUCUGUCAUCAUCAGCUCCCUCAGGACUUUAAUGAUCAGCAAGGAGAAAAGCUUGUCCGACAUAAUCCGCUGCUACCCGGAGAUGAAGGCUGUGAACGACCGUGGGAAGGAGGUGACGGAGUACAACAACAAGUACUGGCUCAUGCUGAGCGAGGCCCAGAACGCUGACGUCUAUCCUGCAAAGGGGAUGCAGAAAGAAGAGAUGAAGUGGCGACAGUGGGUUGAUGAUUGGCUCGUGCACCUCAUAUCUCCAAACGUUUACCGAACCACCGGCGAAGCCUUGGCCUCCUUCGACUACAUUGUACGUGAGGGAAAGUUUGGUACUGUGGAAGGUUUCUUUGCCAAAUAUGUUGGUGCUGCUGCUAUGUUCAUCAUCUCAAAAAGACUGAAAAAUCGACACAAUCUGCAAGACGACGUCAGGCAGGAUCUCUAUAAGGCCGUCAAUGACUGGGUGGCAGCUAUUGGCAAGAAUAGGAAGUUCAUGGGUGGAGACCAGCCUAACCUGGCAGACCUGGCGGUGUUUGGAGUCCUCCAAGUGAUGGAAGGACUUCAGGCUUUUGACGACAUGAUGGAGAACACCAAAGUCAAACACUGGUACAGACACAUGGAGAGGGCAACGCUCAACCACGAGGGUCGAUCUUAGGAGCUUCCAAACACUGAAGCUCCAAGUGGACAAUAACUCGCAUCAGGAAACAAAAUGGCCUCCGGUGUUUGUAGGAAUCUCGGAGGCCUCCAGAUGACUCUGCUUGCCGUCAUCGACAGUUACCUGGACGACUUAAAAACUUACUUUGAGAUUUAGAUUUCACCAUUUAGUGAUGAAGCUGCUUCUGGGAAACCCUUAAUUCUGUUUGCAUAUCUAGUGACAUCUACUGGUGGAAAGUGAGAACUGCAGCCCAGACCUCAACGUUUCUGCAGAAAAAAAGUCUCACAUAAAGUCUGGUUUAAAGAUCUCAGUCCAGUUAGAGGACUGAAGAAUAUUUUUUACUUUUUGAGGUAUUGUUUUCUCACUUUUAAAAUAAAAAUUCUAUAUGUUUUCAAAAUGAAGUAAUUUUAACUUUUCCAAACAAGGAGGUGGACCUUAAAAAUGGUUGUAUCCUUGAAAAGGUAACAGCAUCAUAGUUCAAGUUAAGGGUGAGGAGCAACGGGUCCCAGCUCUGUAGAAAGUCACGCAGCCUUUUCAUGUAAGAAGGAAAAAAUGAUCACGAAGGUAAAAUUAUUUUUGAAUAAUUCACAGAAUUGUUUUCAAUAACUGUUGCAAAUGUUUGGUUUUUUUUUUGUCACGCGCAGCUUCAACAGUUCUUGAUCUAAAAUGUUAAAACUACAUGUGUGUGCAAGUUAGGGUUUGUUUUUAGGUUUAAAUUUAUUCUGAGGUUUUACAGAAAGUUUUCUCUGCUGCUUCUUCAGGAAGAAACUAAACAGUUCAUUAUCUAGUUUCUGUGCAGGAACCAGAAAAUGAGGUUCUCUGCAUUUAUACAGUACAAAAGAGCAUCUGGCUGCAGUGUACCCAAUAUCUGUCUGCUGCAGAUUAAUUGUAACAACUCUGUGUAUAUAUGAAAAGCUGAAAUAAAAUAAAACAAACUUGA